AUGGACAGAAGAUUCCCCUUCGACUCACAAGGUCGAUCUGGCCAAAAUCCACUACACAAUGCACAAAUGAGAGCGGCUCUUGGUCUGGGCCAGGUCGACGAAUCACUUUAUCUACAACAAGAUAUCCAACGAGAUCUUCGUCUCCGGCAAAUGUUGCUUGCUGGGCAGCUCGAUCAGCGAACUCGAUUGGGAAGUCUAUUCCAAGAGCAACAAUUAAAGGCAAUGGAUCAGUUCCCCGAGCUACAGCACUACCAGCGGCUCUUGAUGAAUGACCCGUAUCAACAAUUACAUGGGGAACAAGCGAGUUUGCAUCAUUUGCAACAAGAAGAACUACGAAGGAGGGCACUGGCACAGGGAGCCACUCAGCUUGCGAAUGCGUCAGCGAUAGGUGCAGUUGCAACCCAACCAAACCUUGCAAUGAGUCCUCCAGCAGCUUCGAAGAUACCAGCUGGGUCGAUAAAAGAUAUCGCAGCCGAGCCUCUUGCUGGCAACGCAGUGAAGAAGGAUGAAGGCGACACACGCGUGUAUGCACAGUCUGAUAUUGAAGACAGCAAGAAGCGGCCUCGUUCCAAUACAGCGGAGAGCACCGAGUCAAAUGGGAAUAGCAAAAGGACUAAGAAUGAGAGUGAAUCAGCCGAACAUGGAGAAAACGAUGGAAAGCCUCCUUCAACGUCACAAGCGAGCUUUGAGGAUAGAUCGCAGCCAUCAGCCGAAGCGUUACUACAAAUAGCAGCAGCUGCGUCAAGGAUGCCUCAGUAUGGUCAUCCGGGGUAUCCCUUUACUCAGUUCUCCCCUACGCCAAUUGUAUCUCCACCGCCAGUGAGUCAAACACCCAAAUUGGGCACACUAGGAGAUCUUCUCGAUGCGGGGCAAAAUGUGAAGAAAACCGAUGAAGCAGCUACAGCUUUGGUGGGAAUUAAGGCCUUAACCCAGUGGCCUGAUUCUGAUUCGGAACACGAACAUGACGGCGGAUGGGAGGAACGGCAGGCAAAACGAAAGGGGGAUACGAUCGAGUUACCAAACUUCAAUUCCGUAUUACCCCAAUUGCCAGAAGAACCUAAGGUCAGCGUAUUAAAAGACUCGUCUAAGAAACACAAGGGAAUACUUACUGAAGAUUCAGUGGAUUCGAAGCCGAGAACAAAGGCCAGAUCGAACAGUCGAACACAAGAGCACGGGAACUUGGAGGCUGAUUCUGGAGUUGUUGAGUAUCGAUUUCCGAUUGAUACAUGGUGGCCAUCUGCCAGCAGUGUUCAACGCGAACGAAAAACGACAGGCGAGCUGCCACCAUCUACGAGAUGUGAAGGUUCGGAUGAGGUCCUCGGGAAGGACUCUCCAUUCCGCAUUGAUGUCGACAGGUGCCGAGAUGUUCUUACGCAAGCAGUGACACCUGGAGUUCUCGAGAAGAUUCCUCAUUGUAGAAUCCAUCGGAUGAAUAUGAUGAAAAAGAAGAAUCCAAUGGCCCCUGAGUUGUGUCACUGCUUUCAAGUCACGGAAUUAUAUCCCAAUGAACACAUGCUCUGUUGUUCGGUGUGUGGGACAUGGAGACAUGCUGCUUGUGGGGGACACCACAAACCGGUCUCAAUCCGCGAAUGCAUGGAUAAAGUCUUUGUCCCGACUUGUGAUCGAUGCCAUGCAGAGGAGAAACUACUGAAGGAUUAUCCACUAGCUCGCAAGCGAAUAGACAAACAACGUACGGAACAAAUACGGCGUGGUUUGGCAACAUCAGCUGCAAUGCGACAGGCGUCUUUCUCAAAGCACGGGGGAACCUACAAGUGGCCGCUUGGGAGCGUUUCGGCGACACAUAUCGGAGGUCACACACGCAGUGUUCAUUCUCGUCAUGACAAGGCUGAAAAGCAAUGGAUGGAUAUGGCCACGAGACUCGGGAGUGACGCUGGGGGGCGACCGAAUCACAGAGUUAAACAUCGAACAAAGGAAUUGGAGCGAUUGCUGGUUUCGGUGGAAGAUGCAGAGGGUCACAUGGAUCGACAUAACAUGAUGUUAUUUCUACUCCAAGACACACUACGGGCGGAUCCAGUUGGUUUUGAAAAACACAAACGAAAUAUUUUUGAUCCAGCUGACGAUGAGGUUUCUCAAAGUUACAUGAAAAAUAAGCUAUCGAAUGACGACGAGAACCUGGCGUCAGAAGAAAGCAACAAAGUUACCGAUGACGAUGAGACCGAUGGAGACGAGAAUAGCGAAGACACCGACAAUGGUGUUUGCGCUCGAAAUGGUUGCAAAACGAAACGAAGAUUCGAUUCACUAUUCUGUUCUGACAGCUGUGGCGUUUCUGCCCUGGAGAAAGAUCUCCUGAGAACAUUCCAGUAUGCAAGUGAUUUCCACCCCUCACUGCUCCGCAGCUAG